UGUGCCUCGUCUUGUCCUUGUUUCUGUGGUGGCUUCGACUUUCGUUUUUUGACUCGGGUAGAAUUGGGUAUCGGAAGUUUAUUCAAAUUAGGUUUAAAGUAUGAAAAUAUUUCGUUCCCGCUCCAAACUUCGUUUUAAAGAGGGGACUGAUCAGCAAGUAAAGGAGAGGAUGAAAGGGUGCUUUUUUCUCAAAGAACCAUUGUUGGAUUUAUGCGAACUUUCCUUGAAUGAGUUGCCUGAAGCUUUGUUGCGCUGCCACCACAUAACAGACCUUCUAGCGAUGGACAAUAAGCUUUCUUCACUUCCGGCCGGCCUACACUCUAAAUUCCAGCGGCUGUCUAUCGUUGUCUUAAAUGGAAAUCACCUAUGUGACCUACCAGAGGAUUUUCUUCCGCCAAAUUUGAAAACUUUGGACCUUCGGUGCAACAAAUUUACUGACAUUCCUCCUUGUGUAUACAACCUGAAAACGUUGGAGCGUCUAUUGCUUGGCCAGAAUAAGUUAACUAAAGUGGAUCCUGGAAUCGGGAAACUGACUCGCCUUCGCUUUUUGAGUCUGAGAAAUAAUAAACUCACUGGCUUGCCUGAGGAGAUAGGCUUGUUGACCCAGCUAUCUGUUUUGGACGCCCAGUACAAUAGCCUCACCUCAAUCCCAGAAGAUAUCGGGAAGUGCCAGGAGUUGACGUCUUUGGACCUAAAAAACAAUCAGAUUGUGUAUUUGCCCGAGUCAAUCGGCGACUUGAGGAAGCUACGGCGGAUCGGUUUAAUGUACAACAGCCUCACCAAACUGCCGGCUUCACUGCAGAACUGCACCGGCCUCACGGAGCUCGUGGUGGAGGGCAACGGGGUUUCGGAGAUCCCCAAAGGUGUUUUUAAGGAGCUCACGAGCAUCACAAAUUUGAAUUUUUCGCGCUGCGCCUUCGAGAAUUUCCCAGAGGAGCUCGUCUAUUUAACCAAGCUGAAGGAGCUUGUUAUAGACACUAACUAUAUACACUCUCUUCGCGUGGACAUUCUCGGGGCUAUAUCUCUCCAUCGUCUGGACGUUUCUAAUAACCGUAUAAAAAUUCUGCCGGAGGACUUGACAGGGCUGCAAGCUCUACAGGAGCUCAAUCUUUGUAGAAACGACAUUGCAAGACUUCCUGGAGCGAUCAACGUUAUUACGCUUCUUAAUAAGCUGGUCCUUUCUUACAAUGAAAUCGAGUAUCUCCCGAUGGGGAUUACGCAUCUGCAUUGCCUUGAGCACCUCGAUUUAGAAUCGAACAAAAUUCAAAAGCUUCCCAAAGGAUUCAGAAAUUUAGUAAACUUGAAGUUCUUAUCCCUGCAGGCCAACCUCAUGGAAGAUUUUGAUGAGCAGAUCUGUUAUCUUGAGAAGUUAAAAGAGCUGUAUGUCGGCGAAAAUCAACUUCGCUCUCUUUCCCCGAAAAUCGGUAAGUUGCAUGCUUUGGAAGUUCUGCAUAUUAACGAUAAUGAGUUGGACGACGUCCCCUGGCAGCUUAUUCGAUGCGAGAAGCUUCGUAAGCUUAACUCGGAGGGGAACCCCUACCGGAACAUUUCAAAAGCCUAUCUGGGGCUGGGGUCCCAAGGAAUUAUUCAUUACUGCCAAGAGGCUCGCUAUGGUAUCCGGCUCUAACAGCCUCCGGUUUCUUUGGAAGGGUUGUAUGCGAACAUACAAGAAUAUCUAAGGAGAAUUCCAGGAGCCGGGCGUAGGUGUUUUGGUGUACAACGCCUACUUUAUUAACGGAAGUAUGCGCCCGGUAGACUUUGAGGCAAAAAGAAAAUUUGCGGUUUUCUUAGAAAAGACUCAUCGUCGUUUUUACGAGAGAGCUUGUGCAAGGCUGUUUCGUUUGAUGUUUAUAUCACGACAAGAGCCUUAUUGUUUCGGUUGGACUUUUUGUUACGUCUAUAAGUACAUUGAAGUCGUCUUUUAUUAAAAACCUUUUUAGAGUAAUGAGGCUAUUCCCUCUAAGUAGCUUGUGGCACAGAUAGUAAGGGAUUAGGCAACUUAAGUUUUUAAGUUUUAGUAUGGACUCAUUUUUUUAAAAUUUCGGCAGGAGUGCACAAGCCGGAUGAGCAAAUGUAGAUUGGUAUAAGAAUCGGCGUAAUUAAUAAAAUUGUUUAAAGUGGCGUGCCCGAAGCUCUAUAAUCUAAAUAUUAAUAAGUAAAAAAAGCAAAAAGAAGACUUUACGACUACUAUUUCCUCUGAGUAGUUAUACCGUGGUUACACCUUUACUAAAGCUUUAAGAAAUCUGUAUUUUAUUGGUAUAUUUUGAUGUGUUGGUAAGCUC